UUACAAAUACAUCAUAAUGGUAUCAAUAAUCCAGAGAAGUGGUCAAGGGUUGCACACAGAACUUGGUUGUCUCUGGAAUGCCGAAAAGGAUAAUUACUCGACAUACGUUUACGAAAGCCAGGAAUAUCAUGCGUUUGCGAUUGUCGCCGGCGUGUACUACGACUAAUCUCCAAUGUCAUCUCUCAAAAAAAAGAAUGUUUCUUACCAAUUUGACUGUUGAAAGAUUCUAGUCUUCCCAUUUAAAACGAUUACAUCAUCGGUAUUCUCACAAUCCUAAUCAGCCCAUCAGGAAAAAAAAACGAAAAGAGAUAAAAAAAUGACAGAUUGACUUUUCAAGGGGAAGACCAACGAUUCACGUAGUGACGCCUGCGUAUUGGCACUGUAUUGCUCAAUGCCACUGGUUCAUAACACGUAUGCGCGAUUUGACGAAUUGUAUUUCUCACAAUACAUUCACAGUGUCUCUACGGUUUCUCUACUCUUCGCAUAUUUUUCUAAAUGAUCUCCAACCCUAGACCAUUCACCCCCAAAGUCCUCAACAGUGAUAAUUCCCCUAAAUCCUGUGUCAUUAUUAAUUAACAAUUGGCCUCUAUGAGGGAGGAGUUACGCACGUGGGAGCAGAAAUACUCGAGGCUUUAUGAGGCACAUAAGAGGGUGCAAAAGGUCAAUCAAAAUCUUGAGGACAAAUUGUUGAGGAUUGUGGAUAAAUGUGAGACUGAAAAAGGUGCCUUCACCAAGGAUAUUGCCACGCUGUCACAUCGAUUGGCUGAUGCGAACUACAGGAUUCAUCGGUUGUCACAGGAUAAUGCUGAGUAUCGCAAUGACGUGACACUGGCCAUACAACUUCUCCAAUGCAAGCCUUCGAAUUUUGUAGGGCAAAAAUACGACUCGCUCCCAACAGAAGUUCAAGCCAAAGUGAAAACCUACAUCACCCAAAAGCGAAGAUCGAGCGACGUAUCGCCCCCAGACGUGAAAAGCAUAACAGUGCCAAUCUCCACAUUUCCGCCAACAGCAAUGGUCUACAACAUCAGCAAGCCAAACCCCAUUGAAAAAUACAGCGACGAUGAGAGUGACGAUGGCAAGCCCCCAGUGGACAUUGUCUCAGCCUCGAUAAUGGCAAAAGUCCUGGAAGACCGUGAGAAAGAAAGAAUUUUCGCGAAACACUGUGACACCUGUGUCUGCCACAAAACAAUUCUCAUGGUGGAUUCAGAGUGCCAAACCACCCUCAUCAUCACCGAGGACAGCUACAAAAAACCAUCGAUGAAUGGCUACACGUCGCUCCGUCAGGUUUCUCCCCAAAAGCCAAAUCAAAACUCCCAGUCCUCAGUUCAAGCGAAAAUUCUUCUCGAGAGAUCCCAAAAAACUAUCGCAGUCAAGUCGAAGCAAACUAAAGCUAAGAAACUCGAUCUCCCCGAGAUGAUACCCCAGGCGACAUCACCAAUGGUCACCAGACGCUCUGAAAACCUAGACGUAGCCAAUGCAAACCCCACUCAGAGCCCAGCGGACAUAAUAAACGAUAGGAUCUGGAAGAAUACGUGGUCCAACAAGACAAAAUUAGGAAUAAAUGGCAGCCCUGAGGAUCCCUCUAAGCCCCCAAGAUGCAAUAGAACAGGGGAUAUAGACCUGGACGUGAUAAAUGAGAGAAUUUGGAAGAAAAAUUCCAACAACAAUCAGAAUCAGAACCAGAAUGCCACUCACAAUCAGAAUCAAAAUCAAAAUCAAAACCAAAAUAAAGUAACAUUAAUAGAAGUAACUAACGCUGUAAAUUUAAACCAAGUAAGCCAAAGCCCAGGAGUAGCAGUGAGUCCUAGCUUCAGCAGUGAUAGUUCAGCCGUUAUGAUCUCCAGCUCAGAACCUUCCAGCAGCUCCAGUGAUCUCAUCCAAUCUAAGAGUGACAAACGAAGGGCUUUUAACGCAAAUACGACAAGCAAUACAGCUAGAAAUUGUCUGAUGAGAGUUAGCCAGACCUCGAAAAAUAUUCUCCUGGAUAAUGCACGGGGAAACUAUCAGACUAUUGUUUACACAAGUCCAGAGAGCCUCAGUGGCAGUCCCAAUGCCAGUAAUCUAUCCAACACAACAGCACUAGUUCAUAAUAAUGCAUUGAAGAGUCGAUCUCUAUCGACUAGCAGUGACGAGGCGUUCCCAAUUCUUCCGAAUGACUCGCCGACACAAUUGCACAGUGCACAGAGGGUCGCUGAGUGGGUACAAUCUUCUGUAACUAGUUCAAAGGGUAAAAAGGGAAUUGAGGGAGUGAUGGGGAGCAAGAGUCAUACGUUGAUCAAUAUGCCGGGGUUUGAUGAUAAGUUUAAUGGGGAUAAUAGGUGCUCCAGUGCUUCACAGGUGCAGGGUAAUAGUUUACAUUCACUUACUUUCAAUACCAUUGAAGUUGAUCGAAUUGGAGAUUGUCAGGAGAUUAAAAUACCUGAGAAAUUGGAGGACGAUUCUACCCAGGUUAAGGACCUCAUUUCGUUUGAUUCGAAUAAUGAGGAGGAUGGUGAGGAGGGGGAGAUGAAAGCUGAGGGGAAUUAUCAAGAGAUCAAGAUUACCAAGGAGAUGGAGGAGACUUAUCUCAAACUGGCUGCUAGUCUUGAUCCAGUGUCGUUGAGUCUUUCUACUUGCGUUAACCCAGAUAUCACUAUUGAGAAGUAUAGGAAGGAUCAUAAGAGACUCAAUCCCCAGAAAAUUUUUGAUAAACCUGGGGCGAAUACAUAGCGAGAAAUGUGAAGGGUAUGCAUACAAAUCUUUUCCUUUUUUUUUUCCUAUGUCCUAUCCUGUCGUGUGGAAGCUUAAAAUAUCGAAAAUUUCAUUCACACACACGGGGCUUUUUUUUUAUUAUGGAGAAUAGAAAUAAAAAGAGCGAAGAGAAAUAUACCUUGCCGAUGAGGCUAAAUCAAACUGAAAUUGUAUCAUUAUGCAUUCACAUUUACAUGUCGCGUGUUGAUUUAAUAAUUAAUGAAAAAUGGGAUAAAAAUGCGUAAAAUAAUUGGCAUAAUAUGAAUUGCAUGUUGUUUGGGCCUAAACUGAUUUAAUGGCGAUAUAUAUUCCGUAAUUAUAUGAGACGAAACGUUGAAAUCAAAUGGCAUAAAUGUACACACAUUUUUAAUGUUUAAAAUUAAUCAGUUCCUUGUGUAUUGGAAAUUUUGAAUGUGUAUAAAGACUCAACUGACAAUACGGUGAAUGAUUAACUCACAUCAACGCAAAUUAUGUACGUGCAAGUGGAGGGAGGUGAAUUUGAAGGCUUUUUCCUCGCUUGGUAUAUCAUUACGAUUAUCAUCUUAGACAGUAUUAUGAAUUUGAUUAAUCGCUUUCAACGCGUUAUAUAAUUAUGAUGCCAAAGGUCGUACUUGUGAUUUUCAAAUGGACAGUUGGUAUGAAGAUAAAAAUGAGGGAAAUCGGCCUUUAAUAGUUUUUAGAACUGGGAAGGAAAGAAAAAGCACGAUUUAUAUAAAUCGGUAGUCCAGUGGUGGAGUAGAUGCACCAUUUUAUCUCGAUUAAUUUACCGUGAAUUUUCUUUUGACUCGGAUAUUAUUUAUGUAUUAUUCAAUACGAAUAAAAUUCCAUCGACCACUGAAUAUCACCAUUACUUUGAUAUUAACUCAAAAUUUUAAGUAAUUCAGUCGAAACUGGAGCGAGUCACUCACCCAAAAUGGGAAUUAAUCAAAUUGAAGGUCUGGUUAUAUUAUCUUUUAAAGGUUACCCCUAUUUAAAAAAAAUCUUAUCUCAUUGAUGAGAAAAUAUCUUCCUCCUUACUAUCGAGACAUAAAAAAUCGUCAACAUACCGAAAAAAUAAAAAGAAAAAAGUGAUAGAACCAGCGGGGCUUGUCUUUCCCUUUACCCUGAAACCGAAUAACAAAAUGAUAAACCGUGUGCGUGAUAUAUAUUAAUAUAUAUUAAUAUAAUUUAGUAAGGAGAAUGUUGAACGACUGGGAGGGAUGUUCGAUAGAGCGUCUGUAUAUACUGAAUUACUAAAAAAAAAUAAAUAAAUAAAU